AUGUCGAAAAUCUCUGAAAACGGUACAACAAAGCGAAAACCACGAUUAGAUCUUGAUGGUCAUUCAUACAUCCAAGACCGACCUUACGUUCGUGUUUUUUCUCAACAAGUAGCCGAGCGGGCUUUAAACACACAGGAAACGCCUGAAGCGAUUAUCACUAAUUGCUACAAAAGUAUGUCAGACUCGUCGAUCGCUCGUCUUCCAGUGCGCGAAAAUAUUAAACGUCGAAUUCGAAUUCUUCGUCAAAAUAACCAAUUAGUGAAAGAACCGAAUGAUCCUAAAUUUUUAUCGGUUCCGAAUGAACUAACUUUAACUCAUCGAAAAGAAAGAUUUCUUUGUUCUGACACAGGCCCAGGUCAUGAUCGAAUAUUAAUCUUCGCAAGUCCUGAACAAUUACAAAUUUUACAAUCGUCUGAAGAAUUCUUAGUUGACGGCACAUUCAAAGUUGUUCCUGAAAUCUUCUAUGAACUGUUUAUUAUCCAUGCUGUUUAUCGUAAUUAUGCUGUUCCUGUGAUUUAUGCUUUAUUAAGACGAAAAAAUACUGAUACUUACCAACGUUUAAUUGACGAAAUCCUUAAGAUUGCUCCAAAUUGGUCGUCUCGCUUGAUAAUGAUGGACUUUGAACAAGCAUCUAUUAAUCCCUUUCAAACCAAAUUUCCAAUUAUACAUCUGUCAGGAUGUUAUUUUCAUCUUCGUCAAACAUUGGCGUUUUUGGAAUCCACCUCUGUCGUUGAUGGAUUUGAAUUAUUAUGUGAAGAACUAGGCGAGGGAUAUGAUGAUAUUUUAGAUUACUUUGAAUCAACCUAUAUAGGAGAGUUAAGAUCAAAUCGAAUUCGUCAAAAACCAUUAUUUGACAUUUCUUUCUGGAGCAUGCAUAAUCGAACAACCCACUCUUCUAUGAGAACAAACAAUUGUGCGGACGCAUAUCAUCGAAGAAUUAAUUCAACUUUCCAAUGUGCUCAUCCGACGCUGUGGCUCUUUGUACAAAAAUUAUUCGAUGAAGAAAACGUUGUUCACGCUGAUCUGGUUCACAUCAUCGCUGGUGAACCACCGAAGAAAAAGAAAAUCACUGAACGUUUGGAAAGACGUCUGUUAAAUCUUCUGACUACCAAUCACUCUCCUAUAGCUGUACAACUCAACUCGAUUGCCUAUAGUAUUUCUCUAAAAAAAAUAAAUUUCAGUUUCUGA